AUGAAGACCGCAUACAUCCUCCUGGCCCUUGCCGUCUGCGGCAUUGGAGCUCAGGUCCGCGCCGAUGACGCCGUGCAUGACUACGACAACCUGGUCGCAACCCUCACUCAGAACAUCCUGGGCAACGUCAAGGACGCCGCGAGUGGCCUGUCCAACGUCCUCCCCAACACCGCCGAGCUGCAGUCCGAGGUGUCCACCCUGACCGGGCAGCUCGAGAACCUGUACACCACCUUCGAGUCCCAGUUCUGCACUGAGGCCGAGUUCGACUUUGGCCGCAAGAGGCCCGCCACUUUCACCGGCCCCUCCUUCGACAUCACCUUCUCCACCGGCAGCUGCUCCUUCAACGAGACUGUCUUCUGGACGACCGGAGAGAAGGAGUUGAACUGCGUGGAGCCCUCCAUCGAGUUCACCAAGGAGCCCGCGGUGUUCGUCAGCAAGCGCAAGACCCCCAUCACCUUCACCUCCAAGUACUGCAACGUGAACAAGACCUUUGGCGAGGAGGAGACCACCAUCCUGUACUCCUUUGAUGGCUCCAAGCAGCUCUCCGUCAACGACCUGACCUCGAAGAUCACCGACGAGGUCAAGCAGGCCCUGAGCACCCUCACCUCCUCCGUCUCAUCCCUGCCCUCCAGCCUGACCAACCUGGUCGACUCCAUCCCCACCCCCUCCGAGAUUGCGGCCCAGGGCGCGGCGCUCAAGGCUGGCCUCCUGAACAAGGGCAAGUCCCCCGCGGUCAAGCCCCCGGUCGCGCCCAAGUCACCCGCGGUGCCCGUCUCCGGAGCGCGCGCCAGCCCCGCCUACUCCUCCGCCCUUUAG